AUGAAUGAUUGUCUUCGAUUUGACAUAAUGAAUAAAGAUUUUAGUCGAUUUAUCAAAUUUUAAAAUGAAUCAACCCAAUAAUUAAGAGAAAUUUACAAUCAACUCCAGAAUUGUUUUUCAUAGAUUUUUAAAAAAAUGGAUCAAAAUAAUAGGAUAUUGGAAAAUAUGAAUUAAAAACUACAAACUCAAGAUUACUUAGAUUUAAAGUAAUAAAGAAAUAUUAUAAUAAAGUAUUACUAAAGAGAAGAAGAAAAAAUUUUAAGUAUUCAUUUUAUCAUUAAAAUAGAAAAUUAAAUAAAAGAAUUGAGUAAUAUUAUUAAAACAAUGAAGAAUAUUGUAAAAGACUUUUUAAACGAGGAGAAUUAAGUUACUAUUGGAAAUUAAUAAUAAGAUACAAUUGAGAAAAUAAACACGAUAAGCUAAGAGAACCAAUAGUAAAUAUGGGAUGCUAAAAAAUUAUUUAUUGAAGGUAAAUUUAUUUGAAUAUAAAUUAGGGUAAAAAUUAGUUAAUGAAGGUAAAUUUAAUGAAGCUUUAAUUAAGUUAGAUUAUUCAAUAAACAUAUUUAUUUAGGAUGAUAGCAUAUAUGUGUGGAAAGGUAGUUUUAAUAAUUUUUAAGUGUUUAGGCUUUGCAUUAGAAAAUUUAAAUAAACUCUAAGAAGCUAUCGAGUGUUAUGAAAAAGCUAUAAAACUUAAUCCUAAGAAUGAUACCGGAUAUAAUAAUAAAGGUAAAAAAUAUUAAUUAUAAUUAUAUAGGUUCAGUAUUAAACAAAUUAAAAAAUUUUUAAGAAGCUCUUGAGUGUUAUGACCAAUCUAUAAAGAUUAAUCCUCAUAAUGAUACUGUUUGGAAUAACAAAGGUACUAAAAUUAAUAUUGCUAUUUAGGUUCAGCAUUAAGGAAUUUAAAUAAAUUUUAAGAAGCUAUUGAGUGCUUA